CCAUAUCCGGUGAGGCUGCCAUAGAUCUUGGUAACGAAUCUCACUUUAUGACGACCACUACACCACGUUUUACAUCCUCCACACGUUACGGCUUUGCAAUCCUUUCCAAUCCUGAAUUUUAUGCAUGUUGACCAGCCAUGACUUUCUUGCUCCUGCGCUGUUGUUCCUUCCUCAAAUUUCGGUUCAAUUACUCGUGACUUCCUUCUGUCCCCAAGGUCAAGAACGCCAUUUUGCCCAACAUACUUCACCAUGCUUCCUAGAUCCUCACAUCAUCACCCCGUGCAUCUCAUACCGUCUCCCAGCAUCUGUCGUUGAUCAUCGCACAUCCGUCCAGGUUCCGCACGAGCAUUCCGUACCCUGAUGUCCUCUCCCUCGUACCCGCAAGAUCGCUUUUCGACUGGUGGCCCCUCACAGUCAGCCCUGCAAAAAUUAUUGGAAGAGCUUGCCGAUAGUUCGCGGGCAAGAAUUCGGUCUCGCCCUGACCACGAUUCCUUGAGCUGUUAUAAACGCUUCUCCCGCCCUUCUCGCUCCAUUGUCUGGGACAAGCCUUCCGUAUGGGUGGGCGGCGGUAUAGACGCCAAAGAUGCACGGAACAAGCUACGCGCGCACGACGAAGCUCGUCAAAAGCGGAAAUUGGAGGAGAGUGCCAGCAGUUCCAUGCUGAAUGUCAGGCUUGCGGAACCACAAGGAUCCGGUCGUUUUCCCGCAAAACCUCCCUCGAGUCUUGGUUUGGGCUCCACACACGACAGUGCGAUAGCUUUCGGUGAUGCCCAAUUCAGUACCCGUCGCACGUCUCCGGCUAGAAACCAAUGCCCUCCUGCGUGGCCAUCACCAAUUUUGCCCGGCAGCAAAAGAAGUUACAGCCCGUGUGAUCCUCUUGAAUUGAAAAGAUAUCCACGAGCAGAGACUCAGAAAGAAACAACCGGUACUCUAGCAAAUUAUGCAUCUAGCGCGAGUAGCAUCGCACCAAAAGGGGGCGGCUCAAAUACCACUGCGGCUCUCUACAACCAUGCCGACUACGUAGAACGAUUGCCCCCUUCUCGGACACUAUCUGCCAGCCUUACACCUCUCGAUGGCGUAUCAUCGUUCCGUCCUAUCGAACAAAAAUAUCGUCAACCUCCUACACCCCCGGUUCCACGACACUCAUACGUAUCCGCCAACAUUUCUCCAGAGACGACCACACCGGUUCCAAUACGUCCACUACAGCUUACGCUCGAUAUCAGAAGAUCGUAUAAACAACCCUCUGAUCCAGUUCGUAGAAAUAUACUGCUCUGUUUUGGAUGCUAUCAUCAGCACGGCGAAUUCAACGUCAUUCUUGAACACGGAUGCGAAGUCUGCGGUGGCUCAAAUGCCCUCACACACCACUAUUGGGAAAGACUUUGUCGUAGAUAG